ACAGAGAGGGGGUCAUGAUGGAGAGACGCAGCGAGAAAGGGGGAGAGAGGGAAAAAAGGGAACGAGACGGGGAGAACUGAGAGGAGCAUCUGAGAGGAUAACUGCCUGUUUGCUCACUCUUGUCUUCUUGCUCCCCCUCCUGUCCAUUCACUUCCACUCACAGCACAAGCGCUCAGACAGCUAGGUAGGCACAGCGUAUAGAGCUCAGAGCUCUGAGGGAUGGAUAAAAAAGGUUCCCACGUGAAAGGCAUGCAUCCGCGGGAGGAGAGGAGGGCGAGCUAGAGGAAAACACACAGCCAAGAAGAGGAGAGAGGAGAAAGAGGGGAGGAGGAGGAGGAGGAGAGGAAGAGAGGGAGACAAGAGAGAGGAGCAGAUGGACUCUUGCACAGAGGAGAGGCAACGGUGUGAAGCUCACCGAGCAGCGGUGACAGAGAGGUGGGAAUAAAAAAAAAAAAGAAAAGAAGCCAAACACAAAACGCCAGGAGGGAUGGAAGAAUGGGCUGAGGAGCGGUGAAGGAAUAGCGGGAGAGAAGAGGAGCGAGCGCUUGUGGGAGACAACACAGAAGAGGGAAACAGGAAGAGAGAGAUGUGGAGCUCACGCUGUCUUCAACCAUGAGAGGAUGAGUCACUGAGAGAAGAGCUGAGAAAAGAAAAAGAAACCGAGAGAGACUGUGAUAAAAAGGACGGGAGGGAGACCGAAAAAGUGCUGUAACAGAUAGGCCAUUAUGGGAAAGUACGAAGGCCCUUCCCAAACUUUUGCCAUCCAAUCUCUUGAGGGCCCAGGGGACCACGCAGGUGGAGAAGGAGGUGCUGCCAAGUAGAUGAGCCAGUGUGAUGGACACAGAGAGGAUGGACAGGCUGAAUUCCCUUCCUUCCUGCUUAUUUGUGGGUAACCUCCCUGGCCUCAUCAACAGUUCGUCUCCCUGGAAGGUUCAAGAGGAAGGGGACUAAGGAGCAAAAGUGCACAACAUUAAAAGUCAUGGAGCCGUAUGGACACUUUUCACAUUUUAAAGAAUAUUUGAUGCUGCAUAUAUUUAUUUUUGUACAAAGGUAAGAGUAGAGACCCAGAACAAUCUCUGGGUUUGCAUAUAUCACAGUGAUCUAUACUUAAUUUUUACUUGCUGUGUUUAAUGUUACCACACCUUGAACUGUGACUAUGGUAAUCCUUUCUAGAGGACAAUCUUAGCAAAGGAGGUCCUUGCUGUAUGGAUUUUAGAUAACCUGAGCAGCUGCACACAAUCCUAUAACAGCUAUUUAAGCUCUGUGAUGAAACUGGAUCUCAGUCAAUCAAUUGUGCAGAACUCUCAGUGUUACAAUGAAUACAUAGUAAAGGGGAGAUCGCUUUCCUUGUUGACGCACUAACACAACUAAGCCUUCACAACAUCAAACUGCCUGCAGCGCCUGUGGAUGUUGGGGGAGCAAGAGAGACAAAAGAAAUGGUGAGCAAAGAGUCUAAUCACUUGCUCACAGGCCAGACCAACGGCAAGAGCACCUUGGCGGACAAGCUGCCCGGGACAAUGACUGUGCGCUCUGUGCUGCUCAAUCGAGACUCCCCAGAUAUCGAGAGCCGCCUCAAGCGGCGCCGCAACCGUACCCACCAGGUCCGAUUUAAAGACCUGGAGGAUGGCAGCAGCAGCAGUGGCAACAGUGGGACAGGAGAAAACAAUAGCCAUCAGAGGCCUGCCACAGAUUGUGACAGCCCACAUCCUCUUCGAAAACAUAGCAGUAGAGCCCCGACGCCAUGGGCUGACAGGGACGGACUACGGGCAGAGGGUCUGCCUGGAAAAACCUCUGUGGUGGGGGCUGUGCGUGGGGACAUGGCAAGUACUAUUGAGGUGGUGGCUGCUUUCUUAGCCAGGGCCCCUCCUCAUCCACUGACGCCUGGUCCUACGCGUCGAUGCUGGGCACCACCACAGACUAACUCCCUAACCUUGCCAAUGACACGCAGGGCCAGUACGAGCACCAGCACAGCCAUCCAGACUUCCCCAUGCCUGAGAAAGCCCCAGUCCCUCUCUUCCACACACACGCGUAGCCACAGCUUCGGGGACUCCGUAGGCGUGGAUGGGGAUGAUGAACAUGACUCUCAAGAUGAGUACCUUACGCAUAACCAUGUGUUGUCGCCUGGGUCCAAGGAUCAAAAUGAUCCUCCUGGGCCUGGAGAUCGUGGGGAUCGAACUGUGGUAGAACGGAGGUCUAAAGCCUCCAGGACAGAAAUUAAAUCAGCUGUUAGUGUUAUAAAAAACUCAAGGCACAGCUGCCCCCCUUCAGUUCUUCACAACUCUGAGCCAUUAUCCUCUGUGUCCUCUCGAGAUGGCCCUAAGCGUCAGGGAAGCAGCACUCCCUCAGUGGUCAGGAGGAGAAAGCGACUGAAUAGGACAACGAGUGAUCCUGGGAAGGAAGUGCACUAUUGCACCACUCUCACUCAGACUGAAAGCCCCUGUCCCCCCCUACAACCUUCAAACACCAAACUCUGUACCACUCAAGUACAAACUGAAAGCCCUUCCACACCUCUAAAUUCAAAGUUUUGCACCGCCCAAAGUCAAACAGAGAGUCACGAUCAGUCUUUGAGUGACAAACAAUGCACAACUCAAAUCCAAACCACCAACUCUUGUCCAGCCCUACCUCCGAAUGCUGAACAGUGCACCACUCAAAUACAAACAGACUCGCCCUGUCGAUCUCCUCCUAAUCAUCAACCUUGCACUACUGAGACACAAACCUACAGCCCUUGUGCUUCCCCACCUCUGAUGGCAUCACCAAGCUCAAUGCAAAUUCAAUCUGAGAGUCCUGUUCCCCAAGCCAUGACUCAAGACCCUCCUGACACCCAAAUAACUACUGUGCCUUACUGUGCCUCUCCCCCACCAACACAGACACCUGAUCACUGCUCUAAGCCACCUUGCUCCUCUCCACUUAGGCCAGCUUGCACCACCCCUCCUCCACCCAAUGCACUGCCCAUUCCUUGCUCCACUUCUGCAUCUACGGUAGUCCAACACCCUAUUCCCUAUUAUACAGUCGUGUCACCACCGACAACACCCAGCACAGCUCUUGUCUGCUCGAGUCCCACCCCACCUGUACCACCAUGCCCCACGCAAAACUGCACCUCCCCUGUCCCAAACAUAAUAUCAUCUGCUCCCUUAACCUGCUCCAGCCCUACCCCAGUUUUAACCCCUGACGCAACUCCCUUGGAGGCCAACAGACAUCCAGCCACUGCCCCAAACAUAACACAUCAACCAUCCAAUCCCACACCUCCUACAAAUCUGACACCCUGUACAAUUGUAACUCAGACUGCUCUGUCUUGCACCUCCAUAUCCUAUUACUCCACCACACAUCCAGUUGGUCCCAAUGCCCCUCACACAAAUUCGACGUCACCCUCUUAUGCCACUCUCAUACAAACUGUCUCUCAUUGCAACAUACCAUGUAAAGCUCUGCAAAAUACCUCUGCUGCUAACACAGGCAUAACUCCCUACUCCUCCCCUGUCCCCAAACUAAAAUCUUGCACUUCUCCACCUCCACUUGUGAAAACAUAUGCGUCCACUAUUCCAAAUGCACAACCGGGUGCAACACCAACUAAAGCUGUUCCUCUGUACUCUUCCACAUUUCGUGCUGCGCCACCAUACACCCCUCCCUCUCAGGCCCCCUAUAAUGCUCAGGAUAAGAGGGGCAUCCGACUUCCACCACCUCCCCCUCCACCUCCACCUUACACACCACGCAAAAAGGGAAAUGAUCCGCCCGGUCCUGCAAUCCGAACACCCAUGCUCAGGGCAGACAGCAAGGCGAGCAAGAAAGAUAAAGAAAAGGAGGAGAAAAAGGAAGAUAUAAAAUGUACAGACUCACCGAAGCUCUGUGAGCGAGCCAGCUCUCUGAAGCACAGAGCUCAAACUCCGCCAGUCGCUGUGAUGAAGGGAGAGAAGCAGUCCUCCAACUCCUCUCCUGCCAAGGCUUGUUUUAAACCCAGCUGUCUCAGCUCAGCCCAGGCUCAGCUUGGGGUGCUACACAAAAUGCUCUGCUCAGGAGCCAAUGCCAGGCCCAACACCCCCAACAGCCAACACCCUCUCCCUCCAAACCAGCAGGGUUGCUCUGGAGCCAGGGGCUGCUCUGGUUCAGGGGAGCAGCCUACAGCUGGGCCCCUGACUGCCACCCAGGCUGACACACUAAGACAGGUCCAGGAAAUUCUGGGUGGGUUGGUAUCUGGGGCAAGGUGUAAACUGGACCCAGCCAGGGUGACGGAGAAGCUCCUGAGUCCCAACGGACCUCUGCAUGAUAUUCGUAGCCUGCAGAACCAGCUCCACAGCCUGGAAGGGGUCCUGGAGACCAGCCAGAACACCAUUAAGGUCCUGCUGGAUGUCAUUCAAGACCUUGAGAAGAAGGAAGCCGAGAGAGACGGAAGACAUUCCUACCGAACCGGACAGGACAUUGAGAACUGUGGGACCUGCAGGGACUGCGCCUGCAUCAUCUACAGAUGGAAAAACCAAGAUGGCAGCGGCUGUAGUGCCGAACGGGAGGCUUCAAAACCGUCAGCAGCAAACCAAUGGGUGAUGUCAUGUGUAGAGCAUGACUUCCGUCUGCAGGAAGGCCAGGUGGUACGCACAUGGAAGGUGGGCGACCCUCCCGAGGGCAUGCCACAGCCCGCCACUCCCCAGCCCACCACACCCCACCAACAAGACUCCCCCCAAGUGGUGCGACCCCCUGCCACCACCAAGAAGAACAGGAAGAAAUGCUUCUGGUUCCUCUGAGCACCGGAGGCCCGAGCAAAAGACGUUUUGAUACUGUAAUGCACUGCGUACCCUUCUUAGAAA